AUGAGCAUGCUCUCUAAAGUUGGAAAUUCCCAGGUCUACAACGACGGUGACCAAAGAACACAGAAAGAGGAAGAAGCACCCAGAUAUGAGGCGGGCAAGCCGAACGCCCAUAACGAUCUUGAUUCCAAGGACAAUCGCACGUUGUCGAACCGGCAGGCUUCCGCAGAAAAAAAUGCACGAGUGGAGGAGACCAACCCAAACCCGAGAGAGAUUGAGGACCCGUUGAAACCUGCCAGGAGCCAUGGAAAUGAGCCAUCACGGGGAGCCAAGAUUGAUGCGCAGAUCCAGGAAGAGGAAGAGGAAGAAUUGAGUAGGAAAGGCAAGAUAUAG